AUGGCUUACCUAACAAAGCGAAACUCCAAUUCUUACGACGACGAUUGCAGCAACGAAGUUUCACAAUCACAAAAUCAAUCGAUCUACUUGGCAUCAGAAUCAGAAACCAAUUCCCCGAGCGACCAAUUCUCCUCCUCACAACCACCGCCCGAGUCUGUUUCUUCAAGUAAUCAAAUCAAAGCCAGAGCCUCACUGCCAUCAAAGACUAAAAAUUUCUCAGAACCCACAACCAAUCAGACCCCUUACUACAUACCCAUUGCGCCUCUGCCGAUCUUCCGGGGCGGUUCGAACGAAUGCCCGGUUACCCAUUUAACCCGGUUCGCCAAAAUUUGCCGCGCAAAUUUCAGUUGCCCAACAGUGGACGUGAUGGUGAGAAUCUUCCCGGUGACGCUGGAAAAUGAAGCGGCUCUGUGGUACGAUUUGAACAUUGAUCCCUACCCUUCAUUGAGUUGGGAAGAAAUAAGAUCGCUGUUCUUUCAGGCGUAUGAUCAGAUCGAUCAAUUGCGGUCGGAGUUGACGAUGAUCAAGCAGGGCAGGGAUGAGACAGUGCGUUCUUAUUUUCUGAGACUGCAAUGGAUUUUGAAGCGGUGGCCGGAUCAUGGACUGCAAGACAAUGUGCUCAAAGGGGUUUUUAUUGAUGGGUUGAGGAAGGAGUUUAAGGAUUGGAUUGUUGCAGAGAAACCCAGUUCGUUAAACGACGCUUUGAGGCUUGCUUUUGGGUUUGAAAAAGUGAAGAGCGUUCGGGCUACUACCGCGGCAAAAGAGAAGGCGGUCGAGUGCGGGUUUUGCGGUGGGGGGCAUGAGGAGAAGGGGUGUGAGGUAAGGGAGAGGAUGAGGAAGUUGUGGGUGAAGAGUAAGGAGGAGGGGUUGGUGAGGAUGGUUUCAGUUGUGGGGAAGAGGGAAGAGGAAGGAGUGGAGAGAGAGGAGGAGGGAGAGUUGGUGGAUUUGAAGAAGAAGGGGCAAUGCCAGUGUUGGAAGCACCAGUGUUGGAAGAAAAAGCUUGAGAGGAGUAAAAGCCUUGUUGUGACCAAUGUUUUGAAAGGCGAGGCGUUGAAGUGA